AUGGAUCCUGGACAGCCUCAAGCGCAGCAGCCGCCGCAGGCAGCGCAGCCCCCGGCCUCGCAGCAGCAGCAGCCGCCGCCGCAGCCCCCGGGCGCGGUGUCGGGGGCCCCGGCCGGCGCGGCGCAGCCCCCGGGUGCGGGGCCCCCUCCGGCGGGGCACCAGAUCGUCCAUGUGCGGGGCGACUCGGAGACCGACUUGGAGGCGCUGUUCAACGCCGUGAUGAACCCCAAGGGCGCCAACGUGCCACACACGCUGCCCAUGCGACUGCGGAAACUGCCCGACUCCUUCUUCAAGCCGCCCGAGCCCAAGGCCCACUCCCGCCAGGCCAGCACUGAUGCCGGGACAGCCGGAGCCCUGACCCCACAGCAUGUCCGAGCUCAUUCCUCUCCAGCAUCUCUGCAGCUGGGAGCUGUUUCUCCAGGGACACUUACACCCUCUGGAGUAGUGAGUGGACCUGGAGCUCCAUCUUCUCAACAUCUCCGCCAGUCUUCUUUUGAGAUCCCUGAUGAUGUACCUUUGCCACCAGGUUGGGAGAUGGCUAAGACACCAUCUGGACAGAGAUACUUUCUUAAUCACAUUGAUCAAACAACAACAUGGCAAGAUCCUAGGAAGGCCAUGCUUUCCCAGAUGAAUGUUACAGCUCCCACCAGUCCUUCUGUGCAGCAGAACAUUAUGAACUCGGCAUCAGGCCCACUCCCCGAUGGAUGGGAACAAGCUAUGACCCAGGAUGGAGAAAUUUACUACAUAAACCAUAAGAACAAGACCACAUCUUGGCUAGACCCAAGGCUUGACCCACGCUUUGCCAUGAAUCAGCGAAUCAGCCAAAGUGCUCCAGUCAAACAGCCACCUCCUCUGGCUCCUCAGAGUCCCCAGGGUGGUGUGAUGGGAGGGAGUAGCUCCAAUCAGCAGCAACAGAUGAGGCUUCAGCAGCUACAAAUGGAGAAAGAAAGGCUGAGACUGAAGCAUCAAGAACUGCUUCGGCAGGUGAGGCCACAGGCAUUGCGGAAUAUCAAUCCCAGCACAGCAAAUUCUCCAAAACAUCAGGAAUUGGCUCUCCGUAGCCAGCUUCCAACAAUGGAACAAGACGGUGGAUCUCAAAACCCUGUGUCAUCUCCUGGAAUGUCUCAGGAACUGAGAACAAUGACUACAAAUAGUUCUGAUCCCUUUCUUAACAGUGGAACGUAUCACUCCAGAGAUGAAAGCACAGAUAGUGGACUUAGCAUGAGCAGCUACAGUGUACCCAGAACCCCAGAUGACUUCCUGAACAGCGUGGAUGAGAUGGAUACAGGUGACAGUAUCGGCCAAAGUAACAUACCAUCCCAUCAGAACCGUUUCCCAGACUACCUUGAAGCCAUUCCAGGGACAAAUGUGGACCUUGGGACACUGGAAGGAGAUGGCAUGAAUAUAGAAGGAGAAGAACUGAUGCCAAGUCUGCAAGAGGCUUUGAGCUCUGACAUCCUUAAUGACAUGGAAUCUGUCUUGGCAGCCACCAAGCUAGAUAAAGAGAGUUUUCUUACUUGGUUAUAG